UGCUUCUUACAUUUUCAGAGAGAACUUAAAACGUGAAUCCGAUAGAAAGAGAAGAGAGAGACUGUGAAGCUCACUGCUAUACGCUGAUUUUGAGGAGAGAGAGAGAAGAGUACCUCACAAGACUUGCACAGAUAUAGACGAAAGACUUCUCUCAUUGUCUUAUUUCUUCUCUCUUGCAAUUUCUUCUUUGCUUCUUCUUCAAUCUUCCAUCCUUCAAGUUCAUCUCACAAGCAAGAACAAGUCCCUGAGAAACCCAGAUCAAUCUCAUGUCUCAGCAUUCAAACUAUCAAAUGGCCACUGGUUUCGAUUACUAUUCAACAAAACCGGUGUUGUCAGGGAUUAAGAGCCACAACAAACUCAUCUCUGGUGUCUUUGAAGGCAAGUGUCCAUCUGAUUAUGAAUCUGCUUGGAGCCCAACUUCUCCUUUGGAUUUCAGAUUGUUCUCCAGUUUUGGGAAUCCCUUUGGUGGUUCUUCUUCAAGAUCAAUCUGGAAAGGGAAACAAAAGAGCUGGGAUUCUGGUAAAGUAGGCUUGAGCAUUCUGCAUUCUCUUGAUGAUGAUGACCAUCACACUGACUCAUCAUCAAGGAUUGUUUUACCAUCAGUUGAUAGUAAAAACAUAAUCUUUGGGUCUUUGAUGAGAAGUGGAAACCAGAAUCCUCAUCUGCUCUCUCAGCCUUUUGCUAAAGCUUUGAUGCCCAAGAAUGAUAUGUCCAAUGUUGUUUUUGAGAUUGGACAUGAUGUGAUUGAUGUGGUCGAUGCUGUUGGGAACUCCAGUGUGGACAACAAUGCUUGUCAGGUGAUAGAGGAAGCGCCAGGAUCAGUUAAUGGGAGUACUGAAAGUGACAUUGAGAUCUCAGAGGACUACACUUGUGUAAUUCAACAUGGUCCUAACCCCAAAACCACCCAUUUUUACGGGGAUCAGGUUCUGGAGUCCGUAGAGCACAAUGAGUCGAAGAACCAUUGUUGCAGAAACAAGAAAGAGAGCAUUUUUACAAUUGCUUCUCCUGACUUGACAACACCUAUUGAUGUGUUACCUCCCAGUGACUUCUUGAGCGUCUGCUACGGCUGUAACAAGAAGUUGGGUUUGGGGAAAGAGAUAUACAUGUACAGAGGAUACAAAGCGUUCUGCAGUAGUGAGUGCCGUUCAGAGGAGAUAUACCGGGAUGAGGAAUUGGAGGAUGAAGAAGGAGAAGAUGAAGACACAAUCAAGUCUGUCUCGUCUUCAGACAAGGACCUGUCUAAAAAGACGAGUAACGGUGUGUUCUUCACUGUGGGCUGACUCCAAUGCGCUCACCAUUUCCAUGAUCGAUUUGAGUCCAAGAAAAGAGGAAAAGUAGAAGCUUGAGCUGAUCAUCUGUUCAAGAGAAAAGAGCUGUUGGUUUCUUUAAGCCGAGGCGGCCAUGGAUGAUCGUUUUUGUAUAUUGCUCUUGUGCUUCUGCUACCUAACAAAAAAAAUACUUUUGGUCUCAUCUUUCAUGGUUUUGGUGGGUGAUUGAUCGGGCUUAUGGCUAUUGUUAUGGAUAUUUUUAUAAGUUUAUGGUUCAUUUAUUCAUAUAUGAUAAUCUUAAUUUUUAUAAGAGGAAGGUAGAAGCCGGUUUAUGUGGCUCCCCUCCGGUUCUCUCUUUUUCAUUUGUUCAUUUUUUAUGCUACCCUGAAAAUCCAAAGAGACAGUGGUCGUCAAUGUACAAGUCCCACCCAUGAAAGGAGG